CAAAAUAGUUAAAGAGGACUUCUCUUGUUAGAUUUGUGUUGUGAUGGUGGCAUUCAACUUUGACUCCCCAAUGUACCCUUGCUCCUAAACACCCACCCAUCUCGCAAAACGCCCCUUUCUUCCUUUUCCUGCUAAAAAACCCGACUUCUCAAUUCUCCCUCUCGUCUCUCAACCCCCAUUUCUGGACUCUCUCUCUCUCUCUCUAAAAUCCGAACGCGUACCAGAGGGCCAAAAUCAUUGAGUUGGGAAGAGAGAUAAGAAAGAGAAAGAGCACAGUAAUGGCGGCCUUCGAGGGUUGAUCCCCAAGACCAAAAGGGAAACAGAAAUGAAGUGACUAGGUUUUGAUGUUGGUUUUCUCUGGUUUGAUUAAACAAAAUUCUCUCUCAACAUUGCAAUGGCUCUUUAUUGGGUUUCACUCAACUGCAUCCAUACCUGCUGAAUAAACCCACAAUGGAAUUACACUCCCUUUUUCAAUGAUUUGAAGCAGUUGAUUUCUCCAUUAAUAGUCGCGACAUAUGGGAGUCAAAAUGCCUCCCUAUUGUGAUCCCUCUAGGAUAAACUUAAUGGAGCUCAAAGACCAGAUUGGUAAGAAACUUGGGCCCAAGAAAUCUGCUCGUUAUUUUCGAUACCUUAGUGAACUUCUCAGCUCAAAGCUCAGCAAGAGAGAGUUUGAUAAGCUUUGUGUCUUCACAAUUGGGAGAGAGAAUAUAGCAAUGCAUAAUCGAUUCGUACUUUCGAUUUUUAAGAAUGCUUGUUGUGGAGAAAUGCCCCCAGAUUCAUCGAAUUCUCACGUUUUCUCGAGAGAGAACGGUGCAAUUUCUUGGAGCGGAGCUUCUUUUCCCCGUUCUCCUCGAAGGGGCAGGUCAAGAAAGAUGAACACUCACAGGUCAAGGGAUCAGCCGAGCUUCUUUAAACCCUUGGAUAAUAAGACUGAACUUUUCCCUCAAACGCAUCAAGAAGCCGUGAACUCUGGAUCAAAUUUAAGUACAAAGGAUCCUCUCAAUGGUUACGCAACUGCAAAUUCCUUUCCAGCCUCAGCAGGUAGUGGAUCUCUGGCUAAAAUCGCCUCAGUUGAGGAUGGGGAAGAGGUUGAGCAAGAAAAGUGUAGCAUGAACCUUGUUAGAAGAAAUCCAAUUAGGGCUCCUCUUGGUAUAACGUUUUGCCCCAUUAGUCUUGGUAGUACCAGGAAAACUCCUGAAAGUGGGUUUCAAUUUUCCACGUCCGAUGUUUCCAUGGUUUCUUGUUUGGAAAACUUAGAGCUGCCACAUACUGAGGCUUUGAAGGCAAGAAUGGAGCAUCUCGCUAAAUUAGAAGGCCUCCAUGGCAUGAGCACCGAGAUUGCUAAUCUGUUAAAUAAUGGUUUGGAUGUAUUCUUGAAGAGAUUGAUUGAUCCCUGUUUGCAACUAGCUAGGAAUCGGCGAGAAGCAAAGCAAGUAGCUAACACUCAAGUAAUACCCAGCAGGCUUGUAAGUGGUUUUAGUGGUUCGUUGCCUCAUCUUUAUAGUUGGUUGGGCCUCAAAGAAUGUUUGGUGAAGCAAAAUGAAUACUUUGUGGCAUCGAAGCUUGAUUUUCAGGUAGCCAUGGAAAUGAAUCCUAAGCUCCUUGGAGAGGACUGGCGGUUACAGCUUGAGAAGAUUUGGUUUCGUGCCAUGGCUGAGGAGUAAAAGUUCUAGAUGGAAUUCAUCAGUUACAUUUGAUUCUUUCAUAAGAUGGAAUUGGAGAAAGCUUUGAUCCAGUCUCUUAUAUCAGGUUGCUGUUUUAUCUAUUUAAAAUUGUUACUUGAGGUUGAGGUUACAUAUCAGUGAUUGACCAAAGUUGGGUUGUUAAAUAAAUGGAAAAAGAAAAGGAAAAAGGAGUAAGUUCGGUUGUUUCUGCUAAUCCAUGUUGCAUUGUGAUGAAGACUAUAUCAGCAUAAAGGGGAAGAAGUCUUGAACUAAUGACACUAGGAAGCGGCUUAUGAACAAGAGUUGAAGUGUGUUUUUCCAUGUAAUUGAAUUACAGUAAGUCAAGUGGCUAUGUGAUGAAUAUGAAAGCCAAGGAUUCACCCAAUCCAGAUCCUGACAGUAAACAGUAGAUCUCCCAGUUGCAAUUUAUACCACAGAAAAUCUAGGCCCCUUAAGUUUGUCAGUAUCCUUGUACAGUGCGAUAAUACCUCUGAUUAACUUUGUGUUGGAGAAUUUGGUGCGUAUGCGCGUAUUGAUGUGUAUUGCCGUUAUGAUUUUCUCCCAUUAAUGAUAACUUAUGUGGCGAUUUGCACCGUCUUAGGUAUGACUGAUCUGUUAGCCAUUUUGAAUGUGUUAUUGUUUUGCAUAAUUUCUGUGAAAUACUGUUAAAUAAUGGGUGUGAGAUCAGCAC